CAAUCAGUGCAGCUGUUGCUGUGCGGGCGGGCAUCGGGCAGAGGGGGCAGUCCGGCUGGCUGGCUGCGGAUUCCUGCUGUCCACUCCCUUCCUUCCACUUCCAUCCCUUGCUAACCCUCCGCCGCGGAGCUCGCUGCUUUUUCCAAGCGCGCUCUCUCUUUCAAUUCUCCCUCUUCUCUGCCAGCAGCUCCAGCCAUCGAGGUUUGCCGCUGCCGCUGCUGCUGCAUCACCACCACCCCCAUCCGCCCGUCCAACACCUCCUCCUCUUCCUCGCCGCCGCCGUUUCUGCUGAGAGAGGGAGUGCGCCGCAUUGCAUACAAGCGCGAAGAAGAUCGCAUCCCACCCCGCGUCACCGCCCCCCCCUCCGAUCUCUGCGAGGCGAGGAGAGCUUUCUAAGGAGUAGCUGAUGCAGAGGCUAGCUUAAGAAGAUUCAGGAUGACAACAACGGUAGCGACAGACUAUGACAAUAUUGAAAUCCAACAGCAAUACAGUGAUGUGAACAACCGUUGGGAUGUCGAUGACUGGGACAAUGAGAACAGUUCCGCACGACUGUUUGAGAGGUCUCGCAUUAAAGCCUUAGCAGAUGAACGAGAGGCAGUCCAGAAGAAGACGUUCACUAAGUGGGUCAACUCUCACUUGGCACGUGUAUCCUGUAGAAUUACGGACUUGUACGCCGAUCUUCGUGAUGGACGGAUGCUUAUCAAACUGUUGGAAGUUCUUUCGGGAGAGAGACUUCCAAAGCCAACAAAGGGAAGGAUGCGCAUCCAUUGCUUGGAAAACGUUGACAAAGCCCUCCAGUUCCUGAAAGAGCAGCGAGUGCAUCUUGAAAACAUGGGGUCCCAUGAUAUCGUAGACGGGAAUCACAGAUUAACUCUUGGCCUUAUUUGGACUAUUAUAUUGAGAUUCCAGAUCCAGGAUAUCAGUGUUGAAACGGAAGACAACAAGGAGAAGAAAUCUGCAAAAGAUGCGCUGCUGUUGUGGUGCCAGAUGAAGACAGCUGGCUAUCCCAACGUCAACAUUCACAACUUCACCACCAGCUGGAGGGACGGCAUGGCUUUCAACGCGCUAAUCCAUAAACACAGGCCUGAUCUCAUUGAUUUUGAUAAGCUGAAGAAAUCAAAUGCACACUACAAUCUCCAGAACGCUUUUAACCUUGCAGAGCAGCACCUUGGCCUUACUAAACUCCUGGACCCAGAGGAUAUCAGUGUUGACCAUCCUGAUGAAAAGUCCAUUAUCACCUACGUUGUGACAUAUUACCACUACUUUAGUAAGAUGAAGGCUUUAGCUGUUGAAGGAAAGCGCAUUGGAAAGGUGCUUGACAAUGCAAUCGAAACAGAGAAGAUGAUCGAGAAGUAUGAGUCUCUGGCUUCUGACCUCCUCGAGUGGAUUGAGCAAACCAUUAUCAUCCUGAACAACCGCAAGUUUGCCAACUCUCUGGUUGGUGUACAGCAACAGCUACAGGCAUUCAACACCUACCGCACCGUGGAGAAACCACCCAAAUUCACAGAAAAAGGAAAUUUGGAAGUUCUGCUCUUCACCAUCCAAAGCAAAAUGAGGGCUAACAAUCAGAAAGUAUACAUGCCCAGGGAAGGGAAACUCAUCUCAGAUAUCAACAAGGCCUGGGAAAGACUGGAAAAAGCUGAACAUGAAAGAGAACUGGCACUGCGUAAUGAGCUCAUCCGACAGGAGAAACUGGAACAACUUGCCCGCAGAUUCGACCGCAAGGCAGCUAUGAGGGAGACAUGGCUGAGCGAAAACCAGCGUCUGGUUUCUCAGGACAACUUUGGGUUCGACCUCCCAGCUGUGGAGGCUGCCACGAAGAAACACGAAGCCAUUGAGACAGACAUUGCGGCCUACGAAGAAAGAGUCCAGGCAGUGGUUGCGGUGGCCAAGGAACUCGAGGCUGAGAAUUAUCAUGACAUCAAACGCAUCACUGCAAGGAAAGAUAACGUGAUCCGCCUGUGGGAGUACCUCCUGGAGCUGCUCAGGGCACGCAGGCAACGACUGGAGAUGAACCUCGGUCUGCAGAAGAUAUUCCAGGAGAUGCUGUACAUAAUGGACUGGAUGGAUGAGAUGAAGGUGUUGUUGCUGUCUCAAGACUAUGGCAAGCAUCUCCUGGGAGUAGAAGACCUGUUGCAGAAACAUGCGCUUGUUGAGGCUGACAUUUCCAUUCAAGCUGAGAGGGUGAGAGCAGUCAAUGCAUCGGCCCAAAAAUUUGCCACAGACGGAGAAGGUUACAAGCCCUGUGACCCACAAGUUAUCAGAGACCGGGUGGCCCACAUGGAGUUCUGUUACCAGGAGCUGUGCCAGUUAUCAGCUGAACGCCGAGCUCGUUUGGAAGAGUCUCGGCGCCUUUGGAAGUUCUUCUGGGAAAUGGCUGAAGAGGAGGGAUGGAUAAGGGAAAAAGAGCAGAUCUUGUCAUCAGAUGAUUAUGGGAAAGACUUAACCAGCGUCGUCCGCCUUCUCAGCAAGCAUAAGGCAUUUGAAGAUGAGAUGAGUGGUCGGAGCAGCCACUUCCAACAAGCAAUCAGGGAAGGGGAAGAUAUGAUAGCUGAGGAUCACUUUGGUUCUGAGAAGAUCAGAGAGAGGAUUACAGACAUCCAGAAUCAAUGGGCGAAUUUGGAGCAGCUCUCCGCCAUCCGGAAAAAGCGAUUGGAAGAAGCUUCCCUCCUUCACCAGUUCCAGGCUGACGCGGAUGAUAUCGACGCAUGGAUGUUGGACAUCCUCAAGAUUGUCUCCAGCAACGAUGUCGGCCAUGAUGAAUAUUCCACCCAGUCCUUGGUGAAGAAACACAAAGACGUUGCUGAAGAGAUUGCGAGCUACAGGUCGAUCAUGGAUUCCUUGCACGAACAAGCCAGGGCCUUGCCUCAGGAACAUGCAGAGUCGACGGAUGUGCAGAGCAGAUUGUCUGGAAUGGAGGAAAGGUACAAAGAGGUUGCCGAACUCACACGGCUUCGUAAGCAGGCCCUGCAGGACACUCUGGCUUUGUACAAGAUGUUCAGCGAAGCAGAUGCUUGCGAGCUUUGGAUUGAUGAAAGGGAGCAGUGGCUGAAUAACACGGAGAUCCCCGAGAAACUGGAAGACUUGGAAGUGAUCCAGCACAGAUUUGAAAGUUUAGAGCCAGAAAUGAACAAUCAGGCAUCACGUGUUGCCGUGGUGAACCAGAUUGCUAGGCAGCUGAUCCACAAUGGCCAUCCGAGCGAGAAGGAGAUCAAGGCACAGCAAGAUAAGCUCAAUACAAGGUGGAGCCAAUUCAGAGAACUGGUGGACAUAAAGAAAGAUGCUCUUAUUUCGGCCCUCAGUAUCCAAAACUACCACCUUGAAUGUAAUGAAACCAAGUCUUGGAUCAGGGAGAAGACUAAAGUUAUUGAAUCCACCCAAGAACUUGGCAAUGACCUGGCGGGUGUUAUUGCUCUUCAGAGGAAGCUGACAGGAAUGGAGCGUGAUUUGGUCGCCAUCGAGGCCAAGCUAAGCGACUUACAGAAAGAAGCUGAAAAGCUGGAAGCAGAACAUCCAGACCAAGCCCGGGCCAUCCUGUCCAGGCUCGCUGAAAUCAACGACGUUUGGGAAGAAAUGAAGACGACCUUGAAGAACCGUGAAGAGUCCCUUGGAGAGGCGAGCAAGCUGCAGCAGUUUUUACGUGACCUGGACGACUUCCAGUCCUGGCUCUCCCGGACCCAGACUGCCAUUGCCUCGGAAGAUAUGCCCAACACGCUAACGGAGGCUGAGAAGCUGCUCACCCAGCACGAGAAUAUUAAGAACGAAAUCAACAAUUAUGAAGAAGACUAUCAGAAGAUGAGGGACAUGGGCGAGAUGGUGACACAAGGGCAGACGGAUGCUCAGUACAUGUUCUUACACCAGCGUCUGCAGGCCUUGGACACGGGAUGGAAUGAGCUUCACAAAAUGUGGGAGAAUCGGCAGAAUCUUCUCUCCCAGUCCCAUGCCUAUCAGCUGUUCCUCAGAGACACAAAGCAAGCGGAAGCCUUUCUUAACAACCAGGAGUAUGUUUUGGCACAUACUGAAAUGCCCACCACUUUGGAAGGGGCAGAAGCUGCUAUCAAAAAACAGGAGGAUUUCAUGACCACAAUGGAUGCCAAUGACGAGAAAAUCAAUGCAGUUGUUGAGACUGGACGGAGACUGGUUAGUGACAGCAACAUCAACUCCGACAAGAUCCAAGAGAAAGUGGACUCCAUUGAUGACAGACAUAAGAAGAAUCGUGAGGUGGCCAGUGAACUUCUGAUGAGAUUAAAAGACAACAGAGAUCUUCAAAAGUUUCUUCAGGAUUGCCAAGAGCUGUCGCUCUGGAUCAAUGAGAAAAUGCUUACAGCGCAGGACAUGUCUUACGAUGAAGCAAGGAACCUGCACAGCAAGUGGUUGAAACAUCAAGCCUUCAUGGCAGAGCUUGGUUCCAACAAAGAAUGGCUUGACAAAAUUGAAAAGGAAGGGAUGCAGCUCAUUGCCGAGAAACCUGAAACCGAGGGAAUUGUGAAAGAGAAGCUGACAAGUCUGCAUCAUAUGUGGGAGGUGCUGGAAAGCACCACCCAGACGAAGGCCCAGCGGCUUUUUGAUGCCAAUAAGGCUGAGCUGUUCACCCAGAGCUGCGCUGACUUGGAUAAGUGGCUGAAUGGCUUGGAGUGCCAGAUACAAUCGGACGACUACGGCAAGGACCUCACCAGCGUCAACAUUCUGCUGAAGAAACAGCAGAUGCUUGAGAACCAAAUGGAUGUUCGUCAGAAGGAGAUUGAGGAGCUGAAGAGUCAGGCCCAGGCGCUGAGCCAGGAAGGCAAGAGUACCGAUGAAGUUGACGGCAAGCGCUUUAUUGUGGAGAAGAAGUUUGUGGAGCUGUUGGAGCCCUUGACGGAGAGGAAGUCCCACCUACUGGCCUCCAAGGAGAUCCAUCAGUUCAACCGUGAUGUGGAGGAUGAAAUUUUGUGGAUUGGAGAAAGGAUGCCUAUUGCCACGUCUACGGAUCAUGGUCACAACCUCCAGACUGUUCAGUUGUUAAUUAAGAAGAAUCAGACACUUCAGAAGGAAAUCCAGGGACACCAGCCUCGCAUCGAUGACAUUUUCGACAGGAGCCAAAACAUAAUUGCAGACAGCAGCCUUAAUGCUGAACCAAUCCAACAGCGGCUCGCAGACUUGCAGCAGCUGUGGAACCUCCUGAUAGAGGAGACAGAGAAACGUCACAAGCGCCUUGAAGAGUCCCACAAAGCCCAGCAGUACUACUUUGACGCUGCAGAGGCUGAAGCCUGGAUGAGCGAACAGGAGCUGUACAUGAUGUCAGAAGAGAAGGCCAAGGAUGAACAAAGCGCUGUUUCUAUGUUGAAGAAACACCAGAUUUUGGAGCAGGCCGUAGAAGACUAUGCUGAGGCAGUGCACCAGCUCUCCAAGACCAGCAGGACUUUGGUGGCAGACAAUCAUCCAGAGAGCGAGCGUAUCAGCAUGCGGCAGUCCAAGGUAGACAAAUUGUAUGCUGGCCUGAAAGACCUUGCCGAGGAGAGGAGGGGCAAGCUGGACGAGAGGCACAGGCUGUUCCAGCUUAACCGCGAGGUGGACGACUUGGAGCAGUGGAUUGCCGAAAGGGAAGUGGUGGCUGGAUCUCACGAGCUGGGACAGGACUAUGAACACGUGACAAUGCUGCAAGAGCGAUUCCGUGAAUUUGCCCGAGACACUGGGAACAUUGGCCAGGAGCGUGUGGAUGCCGUCAACCACAUGGCGGAUGAGCUCAUCAAUUCUGGACAUUCUGAUGCUGCCACCAUUGCAGAGUGGAAAGACGGUCUUAAUGAGGCCUGGGCUGACCUCCUGGAACUCAUUGACACAAGAACGCAGAUCCUUGCAGCCUCUUACGAACUGCACAAGUUUUACCAUGAUGCCAAGGAGAUCUUUGGGAGAAUACAGGACAAACACAAGAAACUGCCCGAGGAGCUUGGGAGGGAUCAGAACACAGUGGAAACCUUGCAGCGGAUGCAUACAACAUUUGAACAUGAUAUUCAGGCCUUAGGAACACAGGUAAGACAGCUGCAAGAAGAUGCUGCCCGCCUCCAGUCUGCCUAUGCUGGAGACAAGGCUGAUGAUAUCCAAAAGCGUGAAAAUGAGGUUUUGGAGGCGUGGAAGGCCUUGCUUGAUGCCUGUGAGGGACGCAGGGUCAGGCUAGUAGACACCGGGGACAAGUUCCGCUUCUUCAGCAUGGUCCGGGAUCUCAUGCUUUGGAUGGAGGAUGUCAUCCGUCAGAUUGAAGCCCAGGAGAAGCCUAGGGAUGUUUCCUCCGUAGAACUGCUGAUGAACAAUCACCAGGGAAUCAAAGCAGAAAUAGAUGCCCGGAACGACAGCUUUACAACUUGCAUUGAGCUGGGCAAAUCGUUGCUGGCGAGGAAACACUAUGCAUCAGAAGAGAUCAAGGAAAAACUAUUGCAGCUGACAGAGAAGAGAAAAGAGAUGAUCGACAAAUGGGAAGACAGAUGGGAGUGGCUGAGACUGAUUUUGGAAGUGCACCAGUUUUCGAGGGAUGCCAGUGUCGCUGAGGCCUGGCUGCUGGGACAGGAGCCGUACCUAUCAAGUCGUGAGAUUGGGCAAAGCGUGGACGAAGUGGAAAAGCUCAUCAAGAGGCAUGAAGCGUUCGAAAAGUCUGCAGCGACUUGGGAUGAGAGAUUUGCGGCACUUGAAAGACUUACUACGUUGGAACUGUUGGAAGUACGUAGACAGCAAGAGGAGGAAGAGAGGAAGAGACAGCCUCCUUCUCCGGAGCCAAGCCCCAAGACUGGAGAGGAGUCUCAGCAAUGGGACAGCACAAAAGGAGAGCAGGUCUCCCAGAAUGGCUUGCCACCAGACCAGGAAUCUCCUCGGAUGGGAGAAACACGAGAAGCCAGCGAAAUGGUAAAUGGAGCAGCAGAGCAGAGGACAAGUUCCAAAGAGACAAGUCCAGUUCCUUCACCAACGGCAGAUCGCAAAGCCAAGACGGGCCUCCAGGCUCAGACAGCCGCCACCCUCCCAGCCAAAACGCAAGAGAUACCUUCCGCUCAGAUGGAGGGCUUCUUGCAUCGUAAACAUGAAUGGGAGUCACACAACAAGAAGGCAUCCAACAGAUCCUGGCAUAAUGUCUACUGUGUUAUUAACAACCAAGAGAUGGGCUUUUACAAAGAUGCCAAGGCUGCUUCCUCAGGCAUCCCCUACCACAGCGAAAUCCCUGUGAGCCUGAAAGAAGCGGUGUGUGAAGUGGCAGUUGAAUACAAGAAAAAGAAGCAUGUGUUCAAGCUAAGGUUAACUGAUGGCAAUGAGUACCUCUUCCAAGCCAAAGAUGACGAGGAAAUGAACACGUGGAUCCAGGCCAUUGCCUCUGCGAUCUCCUUGGACAAAACUGAGUUGUCCACAAGCACACACAGCACCCCAGCGACGAGCCGUGCCCAGACCCUGCCAGCCAGUGUGACAAUAACCACAGAGUCCAGUCCUGGCAAGCGGGAGAAAGACAAAGAAAAAGACAAAGAGAAGAGAUUCAGCCUUUUUGGGAAAAAGAAGUGAACUCCCUGCUAUCUUGUACACGCUGCACCUCUCUGACCGUUCCAGUGGAAUUCCAGCAUGCAAGCUCAGAACCAAUACAUUACUCUCUGUGCCUAAUGUUCCUCAAUGUGAUUUAAUUUUUUAAAUUUUAUUUAUAGAGCAUUUUAAAUAAAAAUAAUAAAAAAAAGAUUCUUAAAGUUACAAAUAUGUCUGAGGUGCAUUGGGCAGCUUCUGAGUAAGAGAACCUUUCUUUUUUCCUUUUUUAUUUUCUCUCUUAUUUUUUUUUUAAAUGAAGUUAAUGUAGAUUAGAUCUUACUAUUUAAACUGUUCCUCGAUUUUUUGAGGCUUUCUUGGAAAAAACAACCCCACCACCUAGUGUUAUUGGUAGGCAAGGCAGUGGUGCUUACAAAGUUUAAUGUGUCUGUCGGAGAUAAACAAUUCACUUCCAUCUGAGGUGGCUGUGCUGAGUCUUGACUGCUCGAUUCUCCCCACUGCAAAUCUUACCUGGAUAAUGAAACGGUAGCGUGUUCUCUUUAACAUAACAGAGUGCAGCUUGACAUUAACUUGCAGACCAAAACCAGGCAUCUCUAUCUUACGCUCUGUUUAUUAAUAACAUGAUAGUGACGCUUCCCUCUCCCCCACCCUCCAUCCGGCAACGACAGUUAAGAAUGUUGGUAAUGGACAAGAAGACUUAACAUACUGAUAAAGGUUUGAAAUAAUCUGUAAUUUUGAUUUUUUUUUUCUGAAAUACAUUAUAUUGUAUGUUUCAGAUAAUUCUAGUAAAAAAUAUAAUAAGACUAGAUGUAUAAUAAAAAAAACCCUUUAAAAUCAUUGAUUAAGUGUAAAAGUGGAACUGAAGCAUUUACUGGGGAAAAAAGUAAUGUUAUUCCAAUGGUUAACUUGCUUGUCAGCUGCUACACUGUGUUAUAAUUUUGCUACAUUACCUUUGCUCUUUGAUACAUAGUGUGCAUUUCUCUGUCACUGUAACUAUUGUAAUGAACAAUUUUCAUCUUACUGCACAAUCAAAAAAAAUACAUUUAAUAGGAAUGACUUCUCAAUGACUGGGCCUGUAGUCAGGAUAGUACUGGAACUGGCUUUCGGUUGUAUGGAACUGUACCUCUAGACCUUUACCCUAUCUGUUAAAUAUAUGCUAUGUCAUUAAAAUGCUUUUAAAAUUAA